UUAGGGAACUUCUAGCUCUAACGUCCUCGCCUGCCCUGAAUUCCCGGCUUCCUAUUGGACUGCCACUUUCCAAUCGGCAAGGUUUCUGAGUCUUAGUCCUCAAGCAGCGGGGAUCAGUGGCUGCAAUGACGGGAUUGGAUCCUUAAGUCUUUGUAGGAGCCCUACUGGUUAAAAGCAAAGGAAUAAACGCGAACCAGGCGGCUGAAGAGUCUUUGCCCAGGCCCCCACAUCCCUCAGAAUGACGUUGGACGUGGGGCCGGAGGAUGAGCUGCCCGACUGGGCUGCGGCCAAAGAGUUUUACCAGAAGUACGACCCUAAGGACGUCAUUGGCAGAGGGGUGAGCUCUGUGGUUCGCCGCUGCGUUCAUCGAGCUACUGGUGAUGAGUUCGCUGUGAAGAUCAUGGAGGUGACGGCUGAGCGACUGAGUCCUGAGCAGCUGCAGGAGGUGCGGGAAGCCACACAGCGAGAGAUGCACAUCCUUCGCCAAGUCGCUGGCCACCCCCAUAUCAUCACUCUCAUCGAUUCCUACGAGUCUUCUAGCUUCAUGUUCCUGGUGUUUGACCUGAUGCGGAAAGGAGAGCUGUUUGACUAUCUCACGGAGAAGGUGGCCCUCUCAGAAAAGGAAACCAGGUCCAUCAUGAGGUCUCUGCUGGAGGCAGUGAGCUUUCUCCAUGCCAACAACAUUGUCCACCGAGACCUGAAGCCCGAGAAUAUUCUCCUAGAUGACAACGCGCAGAUCCGCCUUUCCGACUUCGGGUUCUCCUGCCAUUUGGAACCUGGCGAAAAGCUUCGAGAGCUGUGUGGGACUCCUGGGUAUCUAGCACCAGAGAUCCUUAAAUGCUCCAUGGAUGAAACCCACCCAGGCUAUGGCAAAGAAGUCGACCUCUGGGCCUGUGGGGUGAUCUUGUUCACACUUCUGGCUGGCUCGCCACCAUUCUGGCACCGGCGCCAAAUCCUGAUGCUACGUAUGAUCAUGGAAGGGCAAUACCAGUUUAGUUCGCCUGAGUGGGAUGACCGCUCCAACACUGUCAAGGACCUGAUCUCAAAGCUGCUACAAGUGAAUCCUGAGGAGCGCCUGACAGCUGAGCAAGCCCUGCAGCACCCCUUCUUUGAGCGCUGCGAAGGCAGCCAACCCUGGAACCUCACACCUCGCCAGAAGUUCCGGGUGGCAGUGUGGACAAUCCUGGCUGCUGGACGAGUGGCACUGAGCACUCACCGCCUACGGCCACUAACCAAGACUGCACUGUUGAGAGACCCCUACGCACUGAGGCCAGUGCGGCGCCUCAUUGACAACUGUGCCUUCCGGCUCUACGGGCACUGGGUGAAGAAGGGGGAGCAGCAGAACCGGGCAGCCCUCUUCCAGCACCAGCCUCCUAGGUUGUUCCCCGCUGUGGCCACUGAAGAAGAAGGGGACUCCAACACUAUCACAGAGGACGAGGCUGUGCUGGUGCUGGGCUAGAACCUCAUCCCUGGCAAGCCAGAAAGCAGGACUCUCCAGGAGGAGAUUUUUUUUUUUUUAUCAUUCCCGACUGUUGGGACUCAGACCUUAGCCCUGCCUUGCCAAGCCUACCACUGCUAUCACUGGACUGCUACCACUACUCAUCCUGGACUUGGAGAUCAGGGCUGACUGAGAUGGAAGGGAACCUCUUCCAGUGCUGUGCCUGACCUGGCCAUCGCUGUCUUGUGCUGCAUCUGAAAUAAAACUGCUACAAGCCUGGGA